GCAACUCACAGGUAAUCACGUGUGCUCAGAAACCUGGUCAAUGUCAAGCGUUCAAGUUUUGUCUAAGAUGUCGCAGGAAAAUUCGGUGUAGAAAUUCGUUUAUCAAAAUUUGGUUCGUUACACACACAACAUCACACGACGCAUAUAACCCGCCAAGCAGUUUGAAAGCAAUUCAAGAUCCGUGGCAUCCACGUUGCAGUACAUCUGUGAAUUUGCUGUGAGGCAACAUGUCGCAUCAUCAGCACGUUCUUUCCGAGGCGUCCGCCCUUCGCCUGAUCAAUGGCUUGGUGGUGGCCAACGGCGGUGCCACGCCCCUCGCCGUUCAGCCGCCUCUGGCGGCGGCACCAGCGGAUCCCAUUAAUUCAACGGAAGUUGGUCUACCAGCUUCUUCUGCUGAGAGUCCUGCAACUCCAGAGGCGGCCAGUGACACGCCCACCGCCUCAAUGGCCGCUCUAGAGAUCUCAUCGGCGCGUCAAAGGAUGUUGCCGGCGAUAACGCGUCUUCCUUCGCAGGAGACCGUCCAUUCGGCCGACGAGAAUGGCAACUCGUGCCGCAUCUGCCGAUGGAACCGGCGGGACAUGGAGGUCAUCAAAUGUCCGUGCAAUUGCAAGGGCAGCGUGGGCUUUAUUCACCUGAAGUGCCUAAAGCGCUGGAUUAUGCACAGGCGGGAUAAUCGCUGCGAGGUCUGCCAUGCGGUCUUCGACAUCUCGGAGGAGCGGGUCAGCCUGAAGCAGAUGAUGCGCACCUUCUGCUGUGGCCGCUGCUGUGGCCUGAUCGUGAAACACCUGCUGUUCAGCGCCUCGCUGAUGCCACUGGCCCACAUUAUCCUGCAGCAGGUACUGCAGUGCAUGGAUAAUCUCAAUCAGGGCAGCACCGAGCAGCUUACCGUCCAGGAGGUAUUCGUUGCCUCCUGUGCCCUUUUAACCUCCAGCGCGUUGUUCUUCCAUUUCUUUGAGUUCGUCACCACGCGGUGCCUUCUCAUCCGGAAUAUCCUGCGCCACUGGUGGAUGUUCGGCAGCACCUCCGACUUUGCCUUGGUAGAGAUCGAGGACGACUCUAUUGAUCUCUUUUAAUGGAAGGGCGGCAACCGGCAAGGACGUUAUCCCAAGGACGAUUUUCCAGCGACAACUUCCAAACUUACAUGAUUUCGCCGCAAUAAGAUCAAGAUAUAACAAAUUAAAAUAUUAACACAUUAAACAUCCAAACCUAUUCUACCAACCAAA